AUGAGCGGUAAUAUUACCACGGAGCGGAAAAUGGAAAUUAUGCAGCUAGAAAUGAAUAGCUUUGUGUUGCGGUUGGAACCACGAAUGCGUGCUCGAUUCAGUGAUUCACUUCGAAAGGUGCUAGUCGAAAGUUUAUUGGAUGGGACUGUGUUUGCGAUUGUCGAAUCGCUCAGUGAUUUGCAGCGCAUGAAUGAAACACAGCUUUACAAUGACCGCCAGCAGCGACUGAUGGAAUUGCAGUGUGUUCCUGAUUUGGAUGAACAAAUGAAGCAAAUUGAUAUCAGUAUUGUCACUGAGCUCGAUAAGAUAGUAGCCCAACAGCAAGAUACGUUGUACCGUGCCGGUGUUCCAGCAUUUCACAUUACUACUAGUCCUCGAGAAAUUGAGUUGCAGAUGGCAAUUAUCAGUUUCAUUCUAACAGUUCGUGCUAGACUUCCAUGA